AUGGUGUAUGUUGAUCAACCACCAAUGUACUUUGAGUUGUUUCCUGAAGAUCUCGAAAAUGAUAUCUACGUUGCUGGUGAAUCUUUUGGUGGGCAGUAUGUCCCUUAUGUCGCCCGUGCCAUACUUAAAAGAAAUGAAAACUUGACAAAAGUGGACGAUGAGUAUAAGCUAAAGGGGAUUAUGAUUGGCAAUGGAUUGGUGUCGCCAAACGAACAAUUUCUAUCCCUCAUUGAUUAUUUUAAAGACCACUCCUUGAUUGAUGACUCGAACCCUAAUUGGGCUAACAUAAAUAAAGCUCAAAGUGUUUGUCAGGAAAUAGUUGACGGAGAGGAGACUAGUUUAAAUGAAAACAAGGCCCAAGUCUGUACCUCCCUUUUGGGCCUCUUCUUGAAUGCCACCAGAGACGAGUCAGCUCCAGCCGACCAACAAUACCUCAAUAUAUACGACUACAAAUUGCACGACGCUUUUCCAACUUGUGGAUUUUCUUAUCCUCCAUUAACGGAAGCCAACAAGUUUCUUAAUCGUUGGGAAGUACAAGCAGAUCUCAAUGUUGAGCGUCCUGUAAACUAUACUGUUUGCAAUACAGUUGUCCAAAAAACAUUCACAGCUCCCAACUCACCACCCGACAAAAACAAUUUUGCGGGUAUAAUAUCAACAACAGGACUGAUUGGAGUAGUUGAGGAAGAAAAAGCUGGAUGGGUACUUCAAGACAGAAAUUUGACUUUUAUCAAUAUUUUCAACGCCAGUCACUAUGUUCCAUACAGCCAGCCAACAAUGGCCAAAUAUUUGCUUGACUUUAUUACAAGUGAAACUACAGAAGACAUCGAAGGUUUCAUUAGUCUGUCAGAUGAAUAA